CGCUUUCUCUGAAAGUGAAAGGAGUGGGCGGGGGGCGCGGCCGAGGCGGGGCCCAGGCAAGCGGCCGCGCAGGCUCCGCCUCGGGGCAGUCAGUCUCAAGCCUGGGGCGCCGAGCGUCUCCAGUACCCGCCGCGCCGCGGGCUGGUGGGCUUCCCGGCGGCUCUGUUGCUGGGAAAUGACCCUGCCCGGGGGCCCGACGGGCAUGGCGCGACCGGGAGGCGCGGGGCCCUGCAGCCCCGGGCUGGAGCGGGCCCCACGCCGGAGUGUCGGGGAGCUGCGCCUGCUUUUCGAGGCGCGCUGCGCCGCGGUCGCAGCCGCCGCCGCCGCAGGGGAGCCCCGGGCCCGCGGGGCCAAGCGGCGGGGGGGAAAGAUCCCCAACGGCCUUCCGCGGGCUCCCCCUGCCCCGGUGAUCCCGCAGCUGACUGUGACGGCCGAGGAGUCGGACGUGCCCCCGGCCAGCCCCGGCCCGCCCAAGCCGGAGGGUGGCUGGCUCCCGGCCGUGGGCUCGUCGCACCUGCAGCAGCCGCGCCGCCUCUCCACCUCGUCGCUCUCCUCCACUGGCUCCUCGUCGCUGCCCGAGGACUCAGAGGACGAUCUUCUGAGCGACAGCGAGAGUCGGAGCCGCGGCAACGUGCAGCUGGAAACGAGCGAGGACGUGGGUCAGAAAAGCCACUGGCAGAAGAUCCGAACCAUGGUGAAUCUGCCCGUCAUGAGCCCUUUCAAGAAGCGCUACGCCUGGGUGCAGCUGGCGGGGCACACGGGGAGUUUCAAGGCGGCGGGCACCAGCGGGCUGAUUCUGAAGCGUAGCUCAGAGCCCGAGCGCUACUGCCUGGCACGGCUCAUGGCGGACGCGCUGCGCGGCUGCGUGCCCGCCUUCCACGGCGUGGUGGAGCGCGACGGCGAGAGCUACCUGCAGUUGCAGGACCUGCUCGACGGCUUCGAUGGGCCUUGCGUACUUGAUUGCAAGAUGGGCGUCAGGACUUACUUGGAAGAGGAGCUGACCAAAGCCCGCGAGCGGCCCAAGCUUCGAAAGGACAUGUACAAGAAGAUGCUGGCCGUAGACCCUGCGGCACCCACCGAGGAGGAGCACGCGCAGCGCGCGGUCACUAAGCCGCGCUACAUGCAGUGGCGAGAAGGCAUCAGCUCCAGUACCACGCUCGGCUUCCGCAUCGAGGGCAUUAAGAAAGCCGACGGCUCCUGCAGCACAGACUUCAAGACCACGCGAAGCCGGGAGCAGGUGAUCCGCGUCUUCGAGGAGUUUGUGCAAGGGGAUGCCGAAGUGCUGAGGAGGUAUCUGAACCGCCUGCAGCAGAUCCGGGACACACUGGAGGUCUCUGAGUUCUUUAGGAAGCAUGAGGUGAUCGGCAGCUCGCUCCUCUUCGUGCAUGAUCACUGCCACCGUGCCGGCGUAUGGCUCAUCGACUUCGGCAAGACCACGCCCCUCCCCGACGGCCAGACCCUGGACCACCGGCGGCCCUGGGAGGAGGGCAACCGAGAGGACGGCUACUUGUUGGGGCUGGACAAUCUCAUUGGCAUCCUGGCCAGCCUGGCUGAGAGAUGAGGCUGGGCCCCUGUCCCCGCGGACCGGACCGGAGGGUCUGACAGAAGGACCUGCGCCUGCAUCCCCGCCAUGCAUGCAGGCGAGAGACCGAAACCCCACGGUGCGGGGCGGUUCAUACGGUCCUAUAGGGCCAGGUGCCGACCACUACGGGACACACUGCACGCACAGGGCCUGGCCUCCAUAAAAGCCCCAGUGUUCCCAGAGCUGAUGACACUAACUUACCUGGCGGGGGAGGAGUAGGAGUGGGAUGAGUGGCUUCUUCUUCAGCCCAGCUCUUCUGAGGGGGCUCCAUACCUCUCCAGAGAAGCCAGAUAAUGAACCUUCUUUCACAGGUACUAGAUCUAUUGAUCUGACCUCCCACACUACAAUGGACUCCCCUUCCCAAUAAA